AUGGAUGAGACAACCACCCGGAAGCGCGGCCGAGACAGCGAGGAUGAGGAGGAACUUCCCAAGCAGUCAAGCGGCCCCGGCGCCCACUCUGACUCAAAGCGGAAGCCUCUGACACCUCCUUCCACCCCUGCUGCUACCGAACCAGUCCCGGCCGCGGCUACCAGUACAGAGGGGCCUGCAGACACAACCGCCGCUGCAGAAAAGACCUCUCCAUCUGCUGCUCCUGGCAAGCCAGCCACCACCACCCCUGGAGUUGCUGCUUCUCAGAAGACGGCAGAUUCACACCAGCCUGAGCCGCGCAGAAAGGCGCCGCCACAGACCGCCGCUGACUUCCUGAAAAGGAACCAGCGGCCAGCCACUAAUGUGGCUACUAAAAAGCAGCUGAAGAAAACGGCGAAGGGCAAGCACUCCCAACCGGCUGGCGCCCCCCAGGCCCGUUCCAGCUCGUCGCAGAGCGCCCCAGCGGCGACCCCAGCAACCCCCCCACAGCAGGCUGGCCCCAGACAGUGGACCCCUGAAGCCUCGACCAACCUGGCGGGAGCCAGUGAACCUGCAGGCAGCACCCCAGAGGUUCCUGACGACUUCCGUCUGGUGAUGUCCCGCGCUGCCCGCCGCCGCAACAAAGCCACCGUGGCCCUGCCUGCAGAUCCCGCAGUGGCAGGUACGGUCCUGUUCCGGCCCUCCGAGAAGGACGGCUCCUUUGCGAAGGAAUCGCGCCUUGCACUGGCCAGCGCACUGGCGACCAUCGAGGGAGUGACGGCGGUGCGUGUGAACGGCAAACGAAACGUGGUCGCCGCAGAUGCAGCAAUGCAGAGCUGCCUCGAGGUGCUGCUGGCCACCACCCAGCUCCGUGGCAUCCCUGUCGCUGCCCGCCUGCCCGCGGACCGCACGAGGAGCACAGGGUUUGUCCACGGAGUUGAUGGAAGCCACAGCGAUGCCGAGCUACUGGAGGGAAUCCAGAGUACCAUCCCCGUCCUGGCUGCCACUCGUCAGGAGAGCACAGUGGUUCUCCGGUUCGCCGGCCCUCUUCCUCCUGAGAGUGUCAGCAUCUUCAGGCUUCGCUUCACCGUGCGGCCAGCCCGCCCUCGCCCACUCCAGUGCAAGCAGUGCGGACGCCUUGGCCACGUAGCAGCCACGUGCAGAUGGCCCAACAGCUGCAGGAACUGCAGCCGCAUGCACCCGGCUACAGAACCCUGCAGCAGCCAAGCUCGCUGCACCAACUGCGGAGGAAACCACCCAGCCUGUACUCCUGCCUGCCCCAGAUGGCAGGAGGAACGCAAGGUGGCCACCAUCCUGGCUACCUCCUCAGUGCCACUGUCCAGACAUGCAGUCCGGACAAUGGUGCGAGAGGGCAACCCUGCGGCUAAACGAGUCAGCACUUACGCCCAAGUUGCUGCUGGCCACCGGAGACCAGCCCCCCAGGCACCCCAGUCUUCCGCGGCCCCCGGCGGGCAGCCAACCGCUCCCGCUGCCCAACCAGCAGCCAAGGCGACCCGGCCCCCGGCGACUCUUGCUGCUGACCCCAGGGACGCCAUCAUUGCCUCCCUGCAGCUCACCCUCCGAGCGGUGGGCGAGCUCCUCCCAGCGGGCAGCCCGCGGAAAUCCCCCUGCCUCCAGGCAGGGGGACUGCAGGGAAACAAGGACAAUCAUGGCUAG